AUCGAACGACUUGUCUCUGGCUGCGAGCAGCGCUCUCUUGCUCCUCCUCCUCUUCGCAGCGCAGCCCGAGUACCCGAUCGAGGCCCCCCCCCAGGCACCCAGGACAUCAACCGAGCCGGAAUUCGUCGUCGCUGCCGCGCACCCGCAUCCAUACGCACACGCAUCUACGUUCGUACACACAACCUCACACAGCGGCCAUGAACAUCUCGACUCUGCUCCAGUCCGGAUACUCUCGCAUCGCCACAUCGGGCCCGACAUGGCGAUCGGCGUCGUCGAGUCUGCAAAAGCCCAUCUUUGGCCAGCAAUGGGCCCAGAUGCACAGCUCGCCUGCGGUCUCGUCCCGAUCGCAGCCCCUCGAGAUCGUGCGGUCCCGCCGGUCGAUCCAGCGGGCACAGAGACGAGCCGAGCGCGACAAGAUCAGGUUCGGCGACAAGUACCGCCCCAAAACCACCCCGGCCCCGGUCCCGUCGACGAUCGAGGGCGGCGCCAAGCUCACGCCUGUCUUUGCCACACCGUCGAACCUGAGCCCUGCAUCGAUCGUCCCGCAGAACCUGGGCGAGACGCUGAAGCACCUGGCCAGCAAAGCCGUCUCGACCGAACCCGACAACGAAAGCUCCUCAAAAAGCCAGCGUGUAGCCAGCGAGACACAGGAUCCACGCAACCUCCGCAACAUGACUCGCCGAGACAACAACAUUGUCGAUGCCAUCGCCGAGAUGACGCUGGCACCGGACGCGAUCCCACCCAAGCCGGAAACUGUGGCCGUGCCUGAGAGCCUGGCUGUUCCCGAGGAAACAAAGCUGCCGGAGCCUCUGCAACACGGCCCCUUCUACAACUACGGAUUGACGCACUCGGACAUCAAGUUCCUCCUGGAAGAUACCCAGGUCGUCCACCGCAAUCGGGUGCAGAACUCGCUGUCGGCCACCCCUGCCGAGCAGUCCGAGAUGGUGCGGCGAAUCCUCUCGAUCGAAAACUCGAGCAAGAAGCAGCUGACCGAGCUCAACAAGUUGCGGAUCAUGGAUGUCUUUGCCAAGAAGCCCUUUGACACUGGAAGCCCCGCCGUCCAGAUCGGGGUUUUCACGGUCCAGAUCCAGGCCCUCGAGGAUCACCUGCAAAAGCACAAGAAGGACAAGAGCAACAAGCGACAGCUCCAGCUCGUUAUCAACAAGCGCCACCGGAUGCUCAAGUACCUGAGGCGAAAGAACUUGCAAGAAUUCCUGGAUGUCUGUGAGGCCGCCGGCGUCAACCCUGAGAGCAUCCGUGUGUGAGCUCAAAGCCUUUGGGGGCGUUGCCGUGCCGGAAUCGCAUAGAACAAGAUAUAAUCGAUGAUCAGGAUGCAGAUAUAGGUCUCUCCAGAUGCUCAGCAGCGACAGACUGGGCAAUGGUUGGCACCGUGUGCAGAGCGAGAGCCGUGCAGGUCGCAGGGAGCAACGGCGAAUCGCCAAGCGGCGGCGAAAUAGGGGGCGGGACAUAGGAACAUGCAACAGCCGAUCC